AUGGCUAUGUGUGGUGCCGGUCUUGACGGCGUCGUGUGCAUGUUCGCCGAGCUCCACGACCCCGACGAGAGUACUGGAUCCGCGACCGCUUCUGCGGACGACGGUGACGAGGAAGAGGAGCAAGACCUAGUGUACUCCCCUUCCGACCCCUCGAUGGUGGCCGCCGACCAGUUCCCCGCUACAGCUCACGCCUCGGCAUUCAUUACUCCGGAGCGCCCUGCAUCGAGGCACCACGACACGCCUGCCACGGCGGAGACAGACUCGACGGGCUCCGCAGACACGACAUUCUUCGCCCUUCUAGACUGGGCGAUGGGUGCCGCAAGUGCCGGUCUCGACGGACUGGUGUACAGGUUCGCGCCGCUCGACGACCUCGAUGCACCAUCGCCCUCUGCCUACGAGUACGACGAGUAUGACGAGUACGACCAGUGUGACGACUACGACCAGUGUGACGACUACGCCCAGGCCGAUCAGCACGACCAGAACGACCAGAACGAUCAGUGCGGAUUUGAGAGAGCCUAUACGGACUGUGACGACGAGGUGCAGGAGGAGGAAGAGCGGGACCUGGAAUUUAUCUCACCCCCUCGCACGCCCGGCCACACGAUUGUCAUCGAUUGGUCGUGUCUUCGCGACUGGGUGGCCCGCACGAUCCAGAACGGAGGCGAGCCCCUGUACCCUCUCCAGGACAUUGCCAUUCGUCGUACGCGUGUCGAUCCCGCAGCCGCGGUGCGCUCAGAUGUGCCAGAAGAAGCCGACUCGCCGUCCCAGCCUAGCCCCACGGAUGCGGGCGCCGAAAUUGGCUCGGCGUUCACGACGCCAGCACGCCUCGGAGAAGGGGACCAGGGCACGCCGGCCAUGACGAACACGGCAUCCUCGUCAAGCUCGGCCUCAGACGCUUUUUGA